AUGAGUUCAGACAAUCCAACAACAGAUCACCGAGGCUUUUGCAAAUAUACUUCAUUUUUUGGGAGAUAAAUCAGGAAAAUCGAUCGUUUUGGACAUCCAAUAAGUUUUACAUACAAAAAUGAAUAAACUUACAAGUCCACAUUUGGAGGCCUUAUGACAAUCUUCUCUAUGAUUAGCUUGGCAGUUUAUUUCUUAUUUAUGAUCCUGAAGAUUAUAUAAAACUCUGACUAUACCAUCACUAAUACUUCUUACUAAAGGAAUCUAUACGUUGAUGAGACCCCUUAUAAUUUCACAUUGAAUGAAUUUGAUUAUGGAAUCUAAUUAAGUUAUGGAGGAGCAAAUCCCAAUGUUACUAAUCUGCAUCAAUACUUUUCAAUAAGAAUGUACAAUUUCAAAUCCUUUAAUAAUCCAGAUUCAACGAACAUUUAACUGCCAGUCCUACUAGGAGCUGACGAAUACAAUAUUACCUCCUGUCUUUAAACUAGAUUUGCAAAUCAAUCGAAGACUGACAAUACUAAAUGGUGGUGCUCAACUUAAGAUAAAUUUACAUUGUAAAGUAAAGGGGCACCUAACACUCAAAGAGUAAGGAUGGAACUUACAUACUGUCAUCAACCAUCACUUAGCAAACUAUUUCCAGACCUAACUUGCAAAGGGAGAGAAGAAACAGAUGCAAUAGCAAAAGAUGUUAGCAUUUUGUUUGCUUACUUAUAUCAAUAUCUUGAUGUCUCUGAAUUUGAGGCAUCCCCGAUUAAAUAUACUAUUUAAACUCAUACUUUUAAUCCAGCAACUGACUAUAAAUACUACACCUUUUCCCUUUCUAAAAACUUUGCUAUCAUUUAAGACUCAUGGCUAGCUGCAUCUAUGAAUUAGAAGAACUUAACUUAUGCAUCUGUAUCUCAUGAUUAUGAUAAUUCAAAGAUAAGAGGGAAUAUUUGGAUGACUAUCCAAUUUUUCAUGGGUGAGAAUACCUCUGUCAUUACUCGUAAGAAUUACAACUUAAUAGAUGCUCUUACCAACACUGGUGGUUUCGCUUCCAUUAUUAUGAUAAUUUUCAAAUUUCUAACAAUGAAGGUUUAAAAAACAUUAUUUGAAAUCUCCAUUGUUAAAAAAAUAUUCUACAGACAUUAAAAUUAGUCAGAUAUUGUAAAAAGUUAGGAGUCAAUAAAGAAUAGGAGAAAUAAAGAUAAAUUAAAAACUGAUUUAGAUUUUGCAAACCCCAAUGAUUUAGAAUCUUCAUCAAGAGACCUAAUAAAAAAUGGCUAAAAAUCAUCUGAUUCAAACAACUUUACAGUAAAAGCUACUCAGUUGAGUUAAAACUUGAAAGCAUUCCAUCCAUUUAAAUACAGCUUUAUCAAUUUUAUCAAAUCUCUAAUUUGUGGAGGAAUUAAAAACCAUCAUUCCUUGGACUACCUUUAUAGAGAGGGUGUAAAGAAAUUGAGAAAAGAAUUUGACAUUGUAAGAAAUCUCUAGUAAAUAAGAUAAAGUGAUUCAAUUGCUAGUCUACUUCUGAGUAAAGAAUAGAAAGAAUUAUUACCAUUUUUUAGAAAAAAUAUACUUGAAGGAGCAACUGUAAGAACUAAAGCUAACUAUAUGAAAAAGACUAGUGUAAUAGACGAUGAGACUUUACUACACAAGUCUCUCACUAAGAUCCUUAAAAGUAGUCAAAAGUCUGUUAUAGAUAAAAGAAUUGUAGAAAAUUUAUCAAUAGCAAAUUAAUCAGUGCAUGAUGAAAGUAUGAAAAAGUAAGAAUCAUUUACAACUGGAAGACAAAAGUUCUAGUAGCUUAAACUAGAGAAAAUACAGAAAGAAUCUGACAGUCUUGUGACUAGUCUUGCAAGUCCAACAAUCGUCUAAAAGGUUAAGAUGAUGAAUAGGAAAUUCUAGGAAUCCUCAAAGGAAACUAAAGAGAAUAAGAAAAAGUCUAAGACUGAUAAUGAAAAUUUCAUAGAAAUGAAACCUUCCAAAAAGGUCUAGCAUGAAAAUACACUUGAUAAUUCUCAUAGAUCUAAGUCAAAAACAAAGAGAGAGAAAAAUUAACCGAUCUAAAAAUAGGAGUAAACUAGAUUAAAAGAUUCUGAGAAAGCUAAAGAUGAUAAAAAGCAUGAAAAAAAUAAGAAUAAGUUAAAAGUGGUUACAUCUCAAAAGUCUCAAGAGGAAAAUUUAUAAUAAUAUGAGGAAACUGAAAAUUAAAAUAAGAUCAAGGAUGAAGUUUAUGAUUUCUCUGAUUGA